GACAGACGAAUCCGGGGUCAUUUCUGAGGCGGUUGUUAGAGCCCAGCCCUGAAGAAAUAUCGAACUGCCUCUCUCUGAAGGUCACAUACACAAUAGAAACCGGAUUCGCUAGAUUUAUAUUUGCUCAUUUUUCCGCAAACAGCGAAGCAACUCCACCAGAGCUGUGAAAUAAACCCUAUCCUUCUAAAGCCAUCCUGCAAGCGGCACGAUGGGGAAGAAGCAGCACAGCAAGGACCGGAUGUUUAUCACUAAAACAGAGUGGGCAACGGAAUGGGGAGGAGCCAAAUCCAAAGAAAAUCGUACCCCGUUCAAACGACUUCCUUUCUAUUGCUGCGCGCUUACAUUUACGCCGUUCGAGUAUCCGGUGUGCACAGCUGACGGGAGCGUUUUUGAUGUUAUGAAUAUAACCCCGUAUGUUAUCAAGUAUGGAAAGCAUCCCGUCACGGGAGCUCCGCUUAAGCAGGACGACCUCAUUCCAUUAACUUUCCACAAGAAUUCUGAUGGGGAAUAUCAGUGCCCUGUGCUAAACAAAGUUUUCACUGAAUUCACGCAUAUCGUAGCUGUAAAGACCACAGGAAACGUUUUCUGCUAUGAGGCCAUCAAAGAAUUAAACAUCAAGACAAAAAACUGGAAGGAGCUCCUGACUGAUGAGCCAUUCACUAAGGAUGACCUCAUAACUAUUCAGAAUCCCAACGCACUUGACAGCAAGGUUCUUCUGGAUUUUGAUCACGUUAAAAAUAGUUUGAAAGUUGAUGAUGAAGAACUUAACAGAAUGGGUUCAGAUCCAACCUAUAAUAUAAAUGUGUCUGGAGAUAUUAAACAAAUGCUGCAGGAGCUUGGAACUGAGAGGGCAAAGGAAACUGCGAUGCAUGGGGGAGGUGGGAGCAAGGCACGAAAUGAAAGGGCUGCUGCUCUUACUGCCAUAUUAGCCGCAAGAUCACGUUUGAAGGAGGAUUCCAAGUCAAAUGGUGAUGCUAAGGCUGCUCAGGGAUUUAGUAUAGUAGAUGCUGCUUCUGCUUCAGUGCAUGGAAGAAGCGCAGCUGCUGCUAAAGCCUCAUCAAGUGAUAAAACUGCUGCUAGAAUAGCUGCGCACUUGGCUGGUGAGAGGGCUCCAAUAAAUGGGAAGCUGGUAAAAAGCCAAUUCACCACUGGUGCUGCUUCACGAUCCUUUACUUCGACAUCUUUUGAUCCAGUUACGAAAAAUGAAUAUGAAUAUGUAAAAGUGGAGAAAAAUCCAAAGAAGAAAGGAUAUGUACAAUUGCAUACAACUCAUGGUGAUUUGAACAUUGAGCUGCAUUGUGAUAUAGCACCCAGGACAUGUGAGAACUUUAUCACACUUUGUGAGCGUGGAUAUUAUAAUGGGGUUGCGUUUCAUAGGAAUAUACGGAAUUUUAUGAUACAAGGCGGUGAUCCUACUGGGACUGGAAGAGGAGGUGAAUCAAUAUGGGGGAAACCAUUUAAAGAUGAAGUUAACUCCAAAUUACUUCAUUCUGGGAGGGGCGUUGUUAGCAUGGCAAAUAGUGGUCCGCACACCAAUGGCUCCCAGUUUUUCAUCCUGUACAAAUCUGCAAAUCACUUAAACUAUAAACACACCGUUUUUGGUGGAGUGGUUGGUGGCUUGACAACAUUGGCAGUAAUGGAGAAGGUUCCUGUUGAUGACAAUGACCGACCUCUGGAGGAAAUCAAGAUAACAAGUGUCACAGUUUUUGUUAAUCCCUACACAGAACCAGAUGAGGAAGACCAGGAGAAGGCUGAUGAGAAGAAUGUGCAGGAUGAAGAUAAUGAUAAGGUUGGGUCGUGGUAUAGUAAUCCUGGUGCCGGAACAUCUGAAUCUGGAGGCGUGGGUGGUGGUGUUGGCAAGUACUUGAAAGCUAGGAAUGCUCAAAAUUCUGCUACUGUUGACAAUAACACAUCAGUUGUAGGAAAGAAAAGAAAAGUGGGAGUUUCCAGUAGUGAAUUUAAAGACUUCUCAGCAUGGUGAAAUUCCCAAUCUUGUACCACUACGAGAUGUUAAAAAUUAUUGUAGGUUUCUUGUGGCAUUUACUUGAGGGGGAAAAUUCACAGAACAGUGGGAGCAUUUUUGCACUCCGCGUGUUCUGAUAGGAUGUGUACAACAAGUUUAUUUAGUGAGAGUAUAUUGGUUGCAACUUGCAAAAACAGUGCCGAGUAUCUUCUUUCCUCUCAACUAGAAAUGACUACGUUUCAAUCAUGUUCCGGCUGCCA